UCGGGGCGGUUUCAACUCUGUACAGGCAGUCAUGGGUUAUGUGUCUGCCUGUGCGCUGCUGCUUCUCGUAGGCACCUUCAAUACGCGGGCGCCACAGGCUGUGGUGCUCGGUGCAGGAUCUGAAGCGGGCUUUGAAAAGGUCGGCGACGCCGUCGCCGCAGGAGAGGGCUUUGGCAAGGAUGGCGCCGCAGGAGACGCGGGCUUUGACAAGGAUGGCGACGGUGACGCCGACGGCCGCGUCGAGCUCACACUCGAGUGGUCCGACUGCUCCGAGGACGACGGCGACGAUCCGCCCGGCGAGUACCAUGCCAAGGUGGUGGGCCUCGACGUCUACUACACCAGCACCGGCGCUCCCACCCCACGAUUCAAGGGCAAACAGACGCUCCCGCUGGGCAGAAACCUGACCAUCGUGUUUGCAACGCUCAACCGGAUCGCCACGCCGCCUGGAACGGCCUUUGCGGCAGCCGCGUCUGGCUUCCCCUUCUCGAUGUCGGGCAGCACUUGCGACGCGCAGGCGAUCGCCAUCCCGCUGGGCUUGGGCGGCGUGCAUUUCUCCGGCCGGCCGUGCCCGCUCCCGCCCGGCCUGCAAAAGACAAAUGUGACCGUGCUGCUGCCCGCGGUGCUGCCGCUCGGCCAGCUCUCCUUCCUCAACAUGCAAAGCCUCUCGCUCGACGUGAAGCAGGUCCUGCCGUCCGUGGAUGGCGCGCCCGAGGUCAAGCUCUGCUGCAGCCGAGUGCACUCGGAGAUCUUCUCCCCCGGCGGCCGCCCCACCUUUGGGUUUGGCUUCAACCCCUUUGGAUAGGCGAUUGGGCAGUCGGCACGUACGUGCUUCCACCCUCCCAGGCCCUCGCUCACCGCUGUACUGUGAAGCGUCGUACUGUUAGAGUUUUACAGAGGCAGGGGAUGA